AAGCACUUUCUCCGCCGCGAUUUCUGCUUAGUCAUUGUCUUCCAGGAAACGGCUCCUCAGUUGGGAGUCAACUCUCCCGCGGCGGCCGCAGUAGCAGGAGCCGCAGACACAGCGCGUCCUUCCCGGGCCGCCGCUCCGCCGCCGCCCGGCCUCCCUCGGGCCCGAGCGCAGGCCGGGGUCCCGCCGCGCGGGGCGAGCAGCCUCGCGCUCUGCUCUCCGGCCUCGGGCACCGCGUCCUACAAGGGCGGCCUCCUUCCCCGCCUGCGGCCCCGUCGCCGCCGGGCCCGCUCCGUCGGCUGCUGCCAUGGGCACCGACAGCCGCGCGGCCGGGGCGCUCCUGGCGCGGGCCCGCACCCUGCACUUGCAGACGGGGAACCUGCUGAACUGGGGCCGCCUGCGGAAGAAGUGCCCGUCCACGCACAGCGAGGAGCUUCGAGAUUGUAUCCAAAAGACCUUGAAUGAGUGGAGUUCCCAAAUCAACCCAGAUUUGGUCAGGGAGUUUCCAGAUGUCUUGGAAUGUACUGUAUCUCAUGCAGUAGAAAAGAUAAAUCCCGAUGAAAGAGAAGAAAUGAAAGUUUCUGCAAAACUGUUCAUUGUAGGAUCAAACUCUUCAUCAUCAACUAGAAAUGCAGUUGACAUGGCCUGUUCAGUCCUUGGAGUUGCGCAGCUGGAUUCUGUGAUCAUUGCUUCACCUCCUAUUGAAGAUGGAGUUAAUCUUUCCUUGGAGCAUUUGCAGCCUUACUGGGAAGAAUUACAAAACUUAGUUCAGAGCAAAAAAAUUGUUGCUAUAGGUACCUCUGAUCUGGAUAAAACCCAGUUGGAGCAGCUGUAUCAGUGGGCACAGGUAAAACCAAAUAGUAAUCAAGUUAAUCUUGCCUCCUGCUGUGUGAUGCCACCUGAUUUGACUGCAUUUGCUAAACAAUUUGAUAUACAGCUGUUGACUCAUAAUGAUCCAAAAGAACUGCUUUCUGAAGCAAGUUUCCAAGAAGCACUUCAGGAAAGCAUCCCUGACAUUCAAGCACAUGAGUGGGUGCCUCUGUGGCUACUGCGAUAUUCAGUCAUUGUUAAAAGUAGAGGAAUUAUCAAAUCAAAAGGCUACAUCUUACAAGCUAAAAGAAAGGGUUCUUAACCACAAUUUAAGAUCAUAACCUACUGACCUGUAUUUUCCUUGAAUAUAAGAUAAAAUUGAGAUUUGUAAAGCUCUAAUUACUGCCUGGAAAUGUGUCAUUGAGGCAGAUAUUCUUUAGUUAUAUUUGACAUAAAUGUUAUCUGUCAAGUUUGAAUACUUCUCUUGCUUCCAUAUCAGUUCACUCACAUGAACCACUGUAUUGUUUUCAUUGAACUAUUGUUUUCUAAUUGAAAUUGUCUAUAAAGAAAAUACUUGCAAUAUAUUUUUCCUUUAUUUUUAUGACAAUAGAAAUCAAGAAAAUUUGUUGUUAGAUAUAUUUUGGCCUAGACAUCAGGGUAAUAUAUAUACAUAUUUUUUAUUUCUAAAAAAUUCAUUGAUUGCUUCUUACUCUAUAGUAUAACUAAGCAGUUUAAUUAGAACUGUUAAAACUGAAAUACUGGAAGAUAUUUUUCCUGUCAUUGAUAAGAUGAUUAUAUCUCAGAGUAACUGGAGUAGCUGGGAUCUACUAAUAGUGUAAAUAAAAGUCCUUUCUUCAAUA